AUGUUCCUCACAUUAUAUUUCCUCAUAACCCUCCACACAAGCUCCCUCUUCCUCUCUGCCCAAUCCUCUUGCUUCAGCUUCAACUACACUGUCAACAGCACCUACGCCGCCAACCUCAACGCCGUCCUCUCCUCCAUCCCCGCCACAAUCGACGCCGCCACCGGCUUCUUCAACGCCUCACUCGGCCGCCCCCCCGACCGGGCCCACGCCAACGCUCUCUGCAGGGCCGACAUCCAGCCGGACGCCUGCCGGAUCUGCGUCCGUGACAUCACCGCCAAUCUCCUGGCGGCGUGCCCCUACCAGCGCCAGGCCGCCGAGUGGUGGGAGCUCUGCACCCUUCGCUACUCCAACGAAACCCUCCUCGGGACCCUGCAGACCACACCCUACGUCUACGUUCACUAUCCGCAGACCGCCGCGAGCCCGGAGAAUUUCACCGCCGACCUGUGGCGGCUCUUAGACGACCUCCGCGGCCGGGCGGCGGCCGGAGGGCCCCUGAGAAAGGUGGCUGCCGGGAACACGACUGCGCCUGAUUUUCAGAACAUUUACGCGCUGGUGCAGUGCAGCCCGGAUUUGUCGGAACAGGAUUGCACGGCGUGUUUGAUGGAGGCCGCUCAGGAGAUACCGAGGUGCUGCGGCGGGAGGGCGUGGGCUAGGAUCACCAUGUCCAGCUGCAACCUUCAGUUUCGGACAGUCCCUUUUUACAACGAGACUAGGCUCGUGGAGCUCCAGGCAGUGCCGCCUGCGCCUGAGUUGGAGCCGGCACAAGUGGCCCCCGAGACUCGGCUGACGCCGCCGGGAAGAGGAGGAGCUAACAAUACAACAAGAACAAUGAUCAUUGUUGUUGUGGCAGUUGUGUGUUGCAUAAUAGUAGCUGUUUUUGCCUGCGCAUUGUUAAGAAAGAGAAUAAAGCGUAAACCAGGAGAACAAGAUAAGACUGACGACAAAAGCAUCACCAUUGAAUCCCUCAAAUAUGCCUUAAGCACAAUCAGAGAAGCUACAAAUGAUUUCUCGGAUGCUAACAAGCUUGGUCAGGGUGGAUUCGGAGCUGUUUACAAGGGUGUUCUUUCAAAUGGAGAAAAAAUUGCGGUCAAGAGAUUGUCCGAGAACUCUGGACAAGGUGAUGUGGAAUUCAAGAAUGAGGUUGUAUUGUUGGCCAAGCUUCAACACAGGAAUUUGGUUCGACUUUUGGGCUUCUGCCUCGAAGGAGCUGAGAAGCUUCUCGUAUACGAAUUCGUGCAGAAGGGAAGCCUAGACCAUUUUAUAUUCGAUCCAUUCAAAUGUUCAUAUCUUGAUUGGGAGAAACGUUACAAUAUCAUAAAAGGCAUAGCCAGAGGAAUUUUGUACUUGCACGAAGAUUCUCAGCUCAGGAUCAUUCAUCGUGAUCUCAAACCAAGUAAUGUUCUUCUAGAUGGCUCAAUGAACCCUAAAAUUGCAGACUUUGGCUUAGCGAAGCUAUUCGAGCAAGAUGAGACUCAAGGAAAUACGAGCCGGAUUGCUGGAACAUAUGGAUAUAUGGCCCCAGAAUAUGCACUGCACGGGCAAUUUUCCGUUAAGUCGGAUGUGUUUAGCUUUGGAGUGCUUCUCUUGGAGAUCAUUAGUGGUCUAAAGAACAAUAGUGUCCGGCAUGGGGAGAGCAUAGAGCAUCUCUUGAGCUUUGCCUGGAAAAACUGGAAAGAUCAAACAACCGCAAAUUUGGUGGAUCCUUGCCUAAGAUCCAGUGCAGGUAUAAUACGAGAUAUGGUGAGAUGCAUUCAUAUUGGGUUGCUAUGUGUUCAGGAAAACCCGACCGAUAGACCAACAAUGGCUUCUGUUGUUGUAAUGCUCAAUAGCUUCUCCAUAACUCUGGCUGUGCCGUCCGAGCCCGCAUUCUAUAUGCCUAGUGACUACUGUUCAAAUACGUCAGAGCAUAAUUCGAGAGACUCUGAGUACAAAAGUUUUUUACCAGUUUUAUCUGAUAAUUGUUCGAGAAAUGAUGCCUCGAUCACGGAUUUAUAUCCGCGUUGA